CAUCUCGCUGCCUUUGCCUUCUCCUCCCAAAUCAAACUUCAGAUCUCAGAGUCACUCAGUCAGUCAGUCGCCUCGCAGCCUCGCCGUUGACACGAUGGACGCUCCACUCGUCCUCCUCCUCCUUCUUCUUCUCCUCCAGGUCCCCAGGUCCCAGGCAGGAGUUUCCGUCUUCACAUCUGAACCAAAUGUGACGGCCCUGCGAGACUCAAAUGUCCUGCUUCCUUGUCGCUUCUCUCUUGAACAAUACCCAAUUAAAGUCAGUCGUCUGAAUGUCACCUGGAGCCAUUAUGGGUUCGUAGUUGCCAAAUUCGAAAGUGGAAAGGUCAAAACAAGACAGCACGCCAGCAUGUUUGAAAAAGAUGUUCCUCAAGGAAAUGCCUCCCUGCUUCUGGAAUCCAUCGUGAAACGAGACGAGGGGCGCUACAAAUGUGAGGUCAACUAUGAAGGCGACAAAGAAUCAGUCAGCCUGGUCCUGACCAUCCAAGUUCCCCCUGAGGUCCUCUUACUCCCAGAGUUGGUCCAUCUGCUCACUGAACACCGUCUGACCUGCUCUGCCAAGAACUUCUAUCCUAAAAACAUCAGCUUCAUUUGGACCAUGAAUGGCCAAGUGGUUUCAGCAAUGGGCACUACGGAGCCGCACUUGAACCCUGAUGGCACCUACAACUCAGAGAGCGUCUACUGCUUCACACCUUUCAGCCGGAGGACGCUGACCUGUGAGGUGCAGCAUGAGGCGCUGAAGGAGCCGCUGAGGAGAUCCGUCACGUACAGCGGCCUGACACUGGAAGAGGUCACUCGGAUAGCUGUAACCAUCAUCAUCAUCAUCUUCCUCACCCUUUUUAUUCUGUGGUGGUCUUCAGUCAGUCUGUUUCCUCUCAUCCUCUUGAAGGACGUUAAUGGUGUACCCUGGGCCCUGGAGUGCACCCUUAUGGGCUGGCGACUCGAACUGGUCACUGUGGAGUGGAUUAAAAAUGACCAGCAGAUCUUUUUAGACAAGGAGUUUACAGAUGUGGAGGUCGGUGAUGAGGAGGCCCCCAGAGACUCAUCUGAAUACUCCAAGAAGAGAUUCUCCAUUAAAGACCUCUGUGUGGAAAGGAAUAUCCUCAGACUGGAGAUGAAGGCCACAGAUAAAGAGCUUGAGGAGGAGAAGUUCAAGUGUCAUGUCAAACACCGGCUGACCGGCAGAUGCCUGGAGUGCAGUUUUGAGAUAUAAGAAGAUUGCAGAUGAGUGACCCCUCACUUGAGAUCACAGGACAGAAGAAGUUGAUGUCACCUCCCCUCCAGGUCACUCACUUGGAUUUAACCCAAACCGUAAUGUGGGUGGUCUGAGUCCUCGGGUUCAAGACCCAGCCUGCUAUGCUCUGCUGUGCUUAUCCACGUAUCCUGAAAGGCGCUAUAUGCAAGAAAGCAUUGGCUUGUUGGCUGACCUUCUUUGGUCUGCAGAUGUGUCCUCAGAAAUGAAAAAUAAAAUAAA